AUGCAGAAUCAAAAUACAUUCGGGGCGCCUGGACAACCGGUCCGUGCCAGCUACAAUAUGCUUUUCUCGCACUUUAAGAAUUUGGGAUACAGUGACGAGAUAGCAAAGGCAGAAGCUGAUAGGAUCAUGAGGCAGACGACUGCGCAACAAGUACCAAUGAAGGCUCCAAUUAUACAACAACCAAACCCAUAUGGAUAUAUGCCACAAAUGAUGCCGGUUCCACAGUUUCCAGUCGUGCAGGCUCCUGUCGUUCAAAAUCCACCGCUCAUGGGCGCAAUGUAUAAUAAAGACAAUUUACUUAGCGGUGUUAAACUCUCGUCUAAAGCGCCAUUCAUGGGAUGGUCUGUUCCAGUGAGUUCUGAACAAAAGAUGCAAAACGUCAUACCCAUAAAACUCAAGACCGGACAACCAGAUACGGAGAAAAAAGUUAGGGCAAAAGGCUUUCAUGAUCCAAUUUCUCCUUCGGUUAUGCCCCAACCACAACUAUCACCUCCAAAAAUGACUCCAAUUCAACCAGUAUUCCCACCCAUGCCACAACAAAUGUAUCCUGGCGCGAUACCUACACAAGUAUCGCAUGCACCUCCAGUAGCACAGAGCAUGCAAAGUAACGCCAAGAUGACACAGGAUAUACCUAAAAUUACAAUAGAUGUACCGAAAAAGACAUCUACAGAAAAGUUUGAUCAGUGGGUUAAAAAGCUUCAUGAUCAUUUCAAUGUGGGCACAAGCACCAAAAAGUUCAAAAAGACCGUAAGAAAAUAUGUUGAUAAAAUAUCCGAAGAUGUCAAAUCUGGCAAAAUUGAUGUAAAUGACCUAAAAAUUCCAGCACUCGAGGAUAUUUUACGAGGCGCUGAGCCUGCUCCGAAACCUUUAAGUCCCCAGCUUGUACCUAAAAAUGCUCCAAAGCCCAAACCAGCUCUUAUUGAAAAACCAAAACCUCCCGCUGAUAAACCCAAGCCACCUGUAGAAAAACCAAAAUAUUUACCAAUUGGUGCACAAUUCCAUGGCUUUCCCUCUCCCUACGUAUCAAGUGAUGAACUGCAAAGGAGGGAACAAAGAUCUCAAAGAUUUAAAAGAAGCAUUCCUGGAGGGAUUUAUAAUUUCAAUCCCGAACGCGGAAAGGCGAUUAUUGGAACAAGUGAGGAGUUAGAAAAACCAUAUCUAAGACUAACUGCGGAACCUAAUCCAAGAAUGGUACGCCCCGAGCAUGUACUGAAGGAAUCAUUCAAAUAUGUAUUUGACCGUUUCAUGAUGAGUAAAAACUAUCGUUAUAUUGAGGAACAAUUUCGUUCUAUUCGUCAGGAUAUUCAAGUUCAACACAUAAGAAGUCCAUUCGUAGUGAGGCUAUAUUCCACAAAUGCAAGAAUUGCAUUGCUUCACGGGGACCUUGACCAGUUUAAUCAGUGUCAAACACAGCUCAUUCAUUUACAUAAACAAGGAGACCUUUGCACGGUAAGUUUUAGUUUUUUUGAUGUAUCAUUACAGGUUGAAUUUGAGUUUUAUCGCCUAUUAUACCUAGCUUUGCAAAACAUGAAAAUGGACACUUUAAGGAAUCUAAGAAACAUUUACCACGAUACACAGUUCAAGUCUACAGUAUACUACGAGUAUGCAAAUGAAAUACGGUUAUCAAUUUCUGAGGAUAACUUUGUCAAGUAUUUUGCACUCGCAGAUACCAAAAAUCUGGACUUUGACCACUAUCUAAAUCGCAUUUAUAACGAAGCUUUCAAUGACUUUGUCUACAAGGAAGACGUGAGUAAAGGUCCACCAUUCUACUCCAAAUUUUUGUUUAAAAUGUUCGAACCAAGGUUCAGAAUGCUAUCGCUUGUCACCCUUUGCAAGACCUCUUUAAGUAUCGCAGUUGAGACAUUAAUCAAUAUACUAAAUUUUGAAAACAAGGAAUCUUGUAUCACAUUUUUAAAGGAAAGUCGAGUGAUUUUUAAUGAAAAUGGCUUAUUGGACUGCAAAAAGACGUUGCCAGUAAUUUUAGAAUCUCCACUCUUAAGGAGCAAAAAGAUUUAA